ACCUGAACAAUAACAUGGUGCUAGGAGAGGAUUGUGAGGCUCGCUCUCACAAUGGCAUAUGCGGCAUAUAUCACCGCUGGAGUUGCUACAUGACGUGCGGCUGCUCCCUGACCCCGUACGAAUCACUUCUCUACCACAUCCUCCUCCCCAUUCCCAACUUUCAAUAUCCGAAGAGUUCUUCACACUAAUUUGCUGAACAGGCAUUAUGGUAUCGUAUAUUUUUAAUGCUCAACCGAGCCUACAUAACAUUCAGAGAUUUUCUUCGCGAUCACAUUGAACAUCGACAAAGCAAACAUAUAAAAACAUGUCACCUCACAUCUCAAUCUAUUAAGUAACUUCUACUAAGUACUAAUUUAAUAAGUAUGUACACUGUUGAUGAUGAUUUGUUUUUCACAUUACAUCUCUUACUUAACACACUGCAAUUAUGAAAUAGAGUAGAUACAAAAUUCAUAAAAUAAAUCGUCAACCAAAGUUAUCGGUACUGCUAGCUACUUGUCAUCACAUAAAUAUAAUACACACACUACAGCACUACAUAGAUAAUACAAAAUUCAUUACGGAAUGCGAAUGACAUGACAGGACCAGAAACGCCAUCUGACCGAUACUGACUGAACCAACGUUUUGAAUCCGGUCGAAAAAGAAAAGUUCAACAAAAUAAUAAAAUUAAAUGUUCCUGAAUAUUAAUAAUAUUUUGAGUUUUUGAGAGGGUAAAAACUUAUUUAAGACUAUAUUCAUUCACAAUACAGGAAAUGAAAAUACCUAACACAGAUUUAUUAUCGCGGGAUGUAGGUACAUACAUACUUCUAUAAUAAAAAACUUCAGAUGAAAUAUUGUAGUGCUAUCAGGCUCAUACUCUUUUCAAUCUUUCAAUCAUUAGAUUUUUUCUGUGACUAGCUGCUUUGCGAUGGUUUCACGCGCUCUGCUCGACACCUAUUGAUCGUAGCGUUAUGUUGUUUAUUAUUGCCUUUCUCGAUAAAUGAGCUAUCCAACAUAAAAAAAACAGUCCAGUCGUUUUUGAAAUUAGCGCAUUCAAACAAACAAACAAACUACGUAUUAUGUAAGUUACAAACUAAGUAAACUAACUAAUAGGUAAGUAUAAGAUUACUCAAUUUCUCAACAGUAGGUAGCAUGGUAGGGUGGACAUUCAGAUAAAUAUUCGUUUUUGUGAUCCGUCUGUCUGUUUGUCUCCUCCAGUCUUCCCAUUUUCCUGAUCUUUGAUCUCCUCUCUGGUCUCUGGCCUGCACUAUGCCUGUCUAUCUCAUUCAUUCAUUGAUCAUUUUCAUUCAUUCGUUCAUUAGUGACAAGCGGCGGCGCUGCGUAGCCGUGCGAUUAUAGUUUUUAAAAAAUCUCAAAAAUGGGGGUCCCUGCAGAAUUACAAACAGAAGCUAUUUCUAUAGUAUAUCAAUUCCUACAAAAUAUUGACAAGUCUCUGGCUCAAGAGUUUUUGAAGAAAACAAAAGCGAAACCGCGUGUCAAGGGUCUACCUUCGCUCACAGACAUAUUAACAGAAUACAACAAACACAAGAAGCCCCAAAAAGCUGCUGAGAGUUCUGAUGACGACUCCAGUGAAGAUGAAGCGCCACAGAAAAAACCCGUUGCUCAGGUCAAUGGCAAGGCUGCUGCUCCUAAAAAAGCACAAGAAUCUUCUGACUCCGACAGCUCUGAAGAUGAGAAACCCAAGACACAAGCCAAACCAAAAGUAGCAGCUACACCAGUUAAAAAGGCAGAGUCAUCAGAUGAUAGUGAUAGUGAAGAUAAUGCCACAGCUAAGCCAACAAAGCAACCAGUGAAGCCCAAUAAUGCUACACCUAAACAAGUUAAAAAACAAGAAUCAUCAGAUGAUAGUAGUAGUGAAGAUGAAAAACCUAAACCUCAACAAAAACCUCAGGCUAAGGCAGUUCCUCCAAAAGCAACUCCUGCUAAAAAGCCUGCUUCUUCAUCGGAUAGCGAUGACAGCAGUGAAGAUGAAAAACCAAAAGCUGCAGCAAAACCUGCACCUAAACCCCAGGCUAAACCAACUCCAGCUAAGAAACAAGAAUCGUCUUCCGAUGAUAGUGAUGACAGUGAAGAUGAAAAACCAGCUCAAAAGAAGGCUGCACCUACACCUGCAAAGACUCCAGUCAAGGCAGCUCCAGCCAAAAAACAAGAAUCAUCCUCUGAUGACAGUGAUGACAGUGAAGAUGAAAAACCAGCUCAAAAAAAGGCUGCACCUACACCUGCGAAGGCUCCAGCUAAAGCAGCCCCAGCCAAAAAACAGGAAUCAUCUUCGGAUGACAGUGACGAUAGUGAGGACGAAAAACCAGCUCCAAAGAAGGCUGCACCUACACCUGCAAAGCCUCCAGUCAAAGCAGCUCCAGCCAAAAAACAAGAAUCAUCCUCUGAUGAUAGUGAUGACAGUGAAGAUGAAAAACCUAAAGCACCUGUUAAAGGUACUCCUGAUAAGCCAGCAGCCAAAGCCACACCUGCUAAAAAACAAGAAUCAUCAUCAGAUGAUUCCAGUGACGAAGAUUCUAAACCCAAGAAGACGCAACCUCCGAAACCUGCUAUAACCCCUGCCAAACCUAAAGCAACACCAGCUAAAAAGCAAGAGUCCUCGGAUGACAGUGAUGACAGCGAUGAAGAUGAAAAGCCCCAAAAGGCUCUCCAGAAACCUCAACCCACUCCCGUUAAACCAGCAAUUAAAGCAUCAGCUAAAAAGGAUUCUUCUUCAGAUAGUGAUGACAGUAGUGAAGAUGAAAAACCUAAAGCAGCUGUAAAGACACCAGCUAAAACCCCUGUAAAGGCGGCAGUUAAAAAAGCAUCAUCAUCAGAUGAUAGUGAUGAGGAACCUUCAAAACCUGCUCCUAAAACACCUGUCAGUGUUACUAAACCAAAACCAGCAGCAAAGAAACAAGAGUCAUCAGAUGAUGAUUCAAGUGAUGAUGAUGAACCAAAACAGAAACCAGCACAAAAAGCUGCUCUUGCCAAGAAAGCUGAAUCUUCUGAUGACAGUGACGACAGUGAUGACGAUGCUCCUCCUGCUAAAAUAUCGAAAAAGGAUUCCAAUAAUCAGGGUGCUGAAAAUGGAGUUCAAACUGGGAAAAAAAGGAAAGCAUCAGAAGGUGAUUCAAAUGCUCCAGCUAAAAAACCCUACAGCAACUUCGUAAAGGGUACAGUUAGUGUAUCAACUCCCAAAGAAAAAAGUAAUGAAGUGAGUAAGCCAGCUCCCUUCCGAAGAGUGGCGUCGCAACCUAUAGAAGUGGAUCCUAGACUUAAGGAUAACUCGUUCGACGCCAAGGAGGGUGAAAGCCAUGAAGGCGAAGAAAACGACGAGGAAGAAGGAAACCAAUCUGGAGGUUGGAACCAGCGUGGACGUGGCGGAUUCAACCGCGGGGGUCGGGGUUUCAAUGAUAGGGGUAGGGGAGGAUUUAGAGGUCGCGGGGGCGAUAGGGGUGGACGCGGCAGUUUCAAUGACAGAGGUGGACGUGGAGGCAGAGGUGGCCGUGGUGGUUUUGACAGAGGGGGUCGUGGUGGGUUCGAUAGGGGAGGUCGCGGUGGUUUCGAUAGGGGAGGUCGCGGAGGUGGAGAUCGUCGUGGCCGUGGCGGUCGUGGUGACCGUCACUCCUGGGGUGGAGAUAGGGGAGGAUUCAACAAAGGAGGUUUUAACGACCGAAAAAGUUUUGAGGGAGGGGAUAAUGCUCAAAACAAGAAAAUAACAUUUGAUUAAGUAAAUAGAGUGGUUCACGUGGGUCAUGGGGUGAGCGUGCUAAUCAAGACUUAAAACAUACACGUGGCAAGUCAUUCAAGCAUGAGAAGACGAAGAAAAAGAGGGGUUCAUAUCGCGGUGGCGCAAUCGAUACAGGUGUACACUCCAUAAAAUUUGAAGACUAGAUUAAUUUAAUUGCUUUCAUAGGCCAUAAUAGUUGUGUGCUUGUGAUAAGCACCAUAAUUACUUCUUGGCUGUCGAUAUUACUGGCUUAGCUCGUAGUUUUAUCGAUACAGCUUCGCAUUCCGCCACAUAGUGAUGGUAUUUAUUUUUAUUGCCACCUGUACUUGUAUUAUUUCUGUAUUACAUAACUUCAUACAAUAGUUAAUUCAGAAACUAAUCUGUUAUGUCUGCUGUUUAUCAAAUUUGUUAGAGUGUUGACUAUUGUGUCCUUAGACAUGAAUGUGUGAGUGGGUUUGGCUCCACUGAAUCUUGGUAUAAUGGGCAAUUAAUUGUUUAUGAGGUUUUGAAAACUUAUUUGCGUUCGAUUUUACAAUGACAUUUUAUUAGACGUAAUUAUUAAUUUAGUCAAUGAGUAAGUAUAACUUCCUUAAGCUUUUACUUAAUUUUUACUGACCUAGUUUUUAGGACCUUAUUCCGAUGCUGUACUGACUUAUUAUUUUUUGAUUAUUUGCACACUACAUACUGGAUUGAUAUAUGCUCUGACUUGUGUUGAUUUUUUUUUAUUCAAACAAACUAUUGAAUUUCUGAUUAAAUCCAGUUUUUGUUGGAGCCAAAAUUUUGUUAUAUUUAAAUGAUACUUAUUUACUGAAAACUUUAUAAUUCUGAAUGAUUUAUUUUCAUAAGUGUUAAUGUAAAUAGAUGUGUAUUUUACGUACUAUACUGUGUACAUAGGCUAAAUAUAAGAUUAAUUGAUAAAUGAAUAUAGACUUACACUUGUAGUAAGUAAUACGAACAGGUGUGAAAACAUACAAUAACAUGUAUUUUUAACAGCUAUGUACCUGUAUUGUUUUGUUAGUUUGAUAAGCCCGCCUUUUGAAUAUAAAACUUAAGAACAUU